AUGACGCCUCGCGGGGAGAAGAUCAUGCGGGCGAGGAACCCGAGCAGCGCGAGGGACACGUACCGGGAGCGCCCGGAGGCGUUCCGGAGGGAGCAAGACGACGGCAUGCCGAGCUGGACGCCGCGGUCGUGGGGCGGGGGGAGCCAGCGGAGCCAACGGAGCGGCGGCGGCGACGGCGGCGGCGGGCCGGAGGGCGGCAGAGGCGGGUGGGAGGCGUUCAAGGCAAGGUUUUGGAGGUCGAACGGCGGCGACGCCGCGCCGCGCGCGCCGCCGCCGCGGCCUCGGGACGCGCGCGAGGAGCGGUACCGCGCGGAGAGGAACCAACGCGUGGGGAGACUGAGACGCGCGUUAUCAGAUAACGGCGGGUCGAGCGGUCGAGCCGCGUCGUCCCUCUCCUCCUCCCGCCCGCCCCCGCCCGCGUUCGAGUUCGAGUUCGACGACAUCGAGGAAGGGUUCGAGCGCGACGACGGCGUCGAGAUGCGCGAGACGGCGGCGGCGGCGGCGAGGACGAGGGCGCGGCACGAGAGGAUGGGAGCGCCGGCGCGCGCGAGAGGGGAGCCGCGCCCGGCGGCGGCGGCGGCGGUGCCGCCGUCGUCGCGACGCGCGCGCGCGGAGGCGGCGCGAGCGCCGCCGUUGAGACAUCCGCUCGAGCAGUGGUCGCUCCGGCAGCAGCAUGAGCUCAAGAAGCGAGGGUACGCGGACGAGGACUUCUCGCCGUAUCGAUACACCCCGGAGGGGCGCGGGCACGCUCAAAAUUAG